AUGCCGCCCAAAACCCGCCGCCGAGCAGCCCCUCCAGCGCAAACCACCCUCUCAUUCAAGAACAAGGUCACCAAGACGACGCAACAGCAACAAGAAUCCAAGAAGCGCCUCUCCGACACCGUCAAAGAAGAGAUCAUCGAGCACGUCUCAACUCCCGAACCACAGUCGCAAUCCGAGCCCGAAGUCGCUUCAACAGAAGUCGAGCCUGAGGUCGAGGUUGAGGCAGAAGCUGCUACAAUUCAGCCAAAGAAGAAGAAGCGAGUAUCAGGGACAAGCACGUCAGUCGACUCUCGGGAAGCCGCCGCAGAGAAGAUCACAGACGCACAGAUCAAGAGCUACUGGCGGAAAGAAGAAGAAAGCAGACUCGCACCCAGAGUACACCAACAAACCCUCCCCCUCCACGAAAAGAUCCUCCGCCAUUUCGACCUCUCCGGCCAAUUCGGCUCGUGUAUCGGCAUCACCCGCCUCGCCCGCUGGAAGCGCGCUAAUCGCCUCAACCUUGAGCCCCCGAUCGAAGUCCUGGCCGUCCUUCUUCGGGAACUCGAAGGCACCACCCCUGACACCAGUGUUGCGACCGGGAAUGCUAAGGCCAAGAAGGGAGCCAGUGCAGGAAAGAAGGGCGCGAGUGGUAGUAGGAGUCAGGGAUGUAGCAUGACGGCAUACAUCGAUGAGCUGGGCGGUGGCGCUGGGAGACUUGGGACGGUCGACGCUUAG